GCUAAGCACAAGCAGACGACGUUCAAAUCAAUGGCGCCUCUGUUUCUCAAGAAGAUGGACCGUUCUGGCGCCACCAGAAUGCGCAGUUCGCACCUGCUCCUGCUACUGGUUGCGCUGCUCUCUUGUUUCCAGUGUCACCUCGCCGUCCGGCAUGACCCGAAGCGCACGCCUGCCGUCGUCCACCCCGGCGGCGCGGCCACGGAUGCUGCUUCCUCAGGUGCCCCGGACGCCGUUCGGUGCCACGACAGGGCCGUCUGCAGCGAGAAGGGCCUGUUCUUCCCGCCGAUCCCGCUCGUGCCGGAGCCGCCCAACAUCGGCGGCGUGCCCAUCCCUCCGAACCCGAUCACGCCGGCGCCGCCGUCCCUCGUCCCGCCGGUGUUCCCCACCCCGUCUCCGCCGUCCAUUCUGCCGCCGCUCGUCCCGCAGCCGCCGCCGGCGUCGUUGAUACCGCCGAUACUGCCGCUGCCGUUGCUUAACCCGCCGCCUCCGCCACCACCGCCCCCGUCCAUCCUGCCGCCGGUGCCCUUCUUACCGCCGACGCCGUUGAUCCCUGGCUUCCCUGGCGUGCCUCCAGCUUCUUCCUCGAAGAACGGCCGACCGGCGAAACCAUGAGGAGAUGCUAGUCUUCUUGCGCCGAAAUAUCUUCGUGAACGACAUCCUAUACCCAACAUACUCCAUUGUGUGCCCGUGCACUCCACUGUGUCUGUGACUCUGCCGUGGUUUUUCUUUGUUUUCGAUGGCACUCCUCAUAUUAAUCGAGCAUAUUUUGAGUUGCAAUGUACUUCCUCCCUUCUAUAUUACUUAUUCUAGAUUUAGAUGUAUCCACACACAAAAUAUAUCUAGACAUAUCUAAAUAAGCCAAGUGCUGGCUCUCAUGCAUUAUUGUAGGUUUAUUGAAAACCCUAGACUCGCACUUCUGAGUUGUUCUAAUAGCAAUGAAGAAACACGAGGUUUUCCCA